UUCGGUUUCCUCUCUAGUCGGCUGUAACGUGACCAUGCCUUUGCUACAGGCUGUUAGUGAAAUGGCUCAGAGGUGACAUUUCUUAUUUUGAAUGACUGCUAAAGUAAGGUUCAGAAUAUCGCUGAUCCCCUCAGACUGCUGUAUUUUCCCCGUUAGCGGUUCAGCUGAUGAUUAGAGUGUUGUCGCCGUUGAUUCUCUACACUGUCGCUACUUCUAGCUUAGCUAACUCUAGCUAACCGGUACGCCAUGAUUCCUCGGAGUAAAGACUUACUGGUGCGGAUCUCUUUCUACUGGAAACCUCUGUUCUCCGGUAAAUAUCUGAUAGUGACCAACAUCGUGAGCAGUGGUGGGAUGCUGGCCUUGGGGGACUGUAUUCAGCAGAGCAGAGAAAAGCAACGCACGCCGGAGAAAAGCUGGGAAUGGCAGCGCACAGGUCGCAUGGCGGCAGUGGGAUGUUCUAUGGGACCUUUCCUUCACUUCUGGUAUGAAUGGCUGGACAAGGCUUAUGCUGGAAGAAUGGUGAAAACUGUUGCCAAGAAAGUCCUGAUAGACCAGCUUAUUGCAUCACCACUUCUUGGAGCAUGGUACUUUAUAGGCAUGGGCAUCAUGGAGGGCCAUGGCGCAGUCAAAGGUUGCACUGAAUUUAAAGAAAAGUUCUGGGAAUUCUACAAGGCGGACUGGUGUGUCUGGCCCACUGCACAGAUGAUUAAUUUCUACUUCUUGCCGGCGAAGUUUCGGGUUUUGUAUGUAAAUACAAUUACAUUAGGGUGGGAUACCUACCUCUCCUAUCUCAAACACAGACAGACACCUCAACAAGUGGAUGAAUCUGAGUCAGAUCCACAGGACCAGUCACCUUCAGUGCCUCUACCCUCAGUGGAACCACUAGAAGAGAAACUCUAAUCACACAGUAUCUUACUAAAUUAAGUUAUUGGGUCUGCCUGUAUUACAGUACUUGACUAUGUUAAUUGUAAGUCUGGAAAUAAGAUAAAUAAUAUAGUCAAUGUAUGAUUUGGCCAUUGAUUAUUUGGCAUUAUAUAUUCCUGCUGAAGGACUCCAGAAUCCUGUGCUGAUUCUUUUUAAGGUGCCAUAGUUGAUCAAAAGUAUGCAUUAAGUGAAGGUGAAUCACGGGUCAGAUUUAGUCCUAACUGUCUUGUUUCCUGUUUAUAGCUGAGAAUGCAAUCUGGUAUUGCAGUAUAAUACAUUCCCUGUUUGGGCAGCUGUGAUGAAAUGGUGGAGCCAUUGAGGUUACAGUCAUGUAACAGGUAAUUUGUUGUAAUAUGACAUGGUGAACUUCAUAGACUGCGCACUGUAUCUUAGUUUAUUCAGAUUUAGACACAGAUUUAUACUUAAAUAUCAGCUGCCAAUCUGUGAAACUAGAGCAUAUUUGUGACAAAUGAAGUGCAAUGAUUUUGGCUAGAUGCCAUCUGUAGAGUUUACAAUGACUGUAGUGUAGUUUAAUUAACAAAGAAAUGAAUCAUUUACACCUCAGAUAUCUUUUGAGGUAAAGAUCCUUUUGUUCUCCAUCUGUUAAACACAGACUGCUAAAAAACUAGGUAAAAAUGAUGUUACCUCAUAGACAGGUUACAUGGGUACAAAUAAAAGCACUCCUUCCAAAAGUUGCUUAAAGUUUUGUAGACAAAAGAUGAACCUGAUUAACUGUGGUUUGUGUGAUAUCUGAGGUUUGUGACGUUAGUUUAAAAAAGAAGAUGCUAGGCUAACUUUCUACUUUAAUUUAUGAACCUAACAUGCUAAAAGUUAUGGGAUAUCAGUAAGUAAAUGGAUCAUUAGGUGUGAAUGAUGGGUACCAGAUAGAUGAGAACCAUCAUUUCUGAAGUCAACAUUGCUCGAAACACAGUGUGUACCGGAAAUCUGACAUACAAGGUUUUACCACCCACAGUGAAUACCUUCUACAUUCAUACUGCAGAAUUAUGGGCCAUUGCUUAAGCCAUGGCACAUAUUAUUUCCUGUCCUAUGAAUAUUGGCAUAUUGGUAUGUGCCAAACAUUUCAGUCCAGUUUAAAAGCAGAAUAGUACAAUAAAAUAUUUAUUUUUAUGUUUUUUUUUUUUUUAUACAUUUUGCCUGAAUAUUGUUGACAGUCUUAUUCCACUGUCUAAGUUACAAACUUUAGCCUAGCAUCAUCUGUUAAGUUAAAGAGGCACAUGUCAGAUAUCAAACCUGUUUUCACUGAUGGACUUCAUCUGAGUUAUGUGGUAAAUCAGGUUAAUUAAAUUUUUUUGGUUUGUUUGUUGUUUGAACUAUACAUGGUAUGCUAUGUUUAAAAUACUGACGAAAUAUUAAAAAAGGAGUCCACUAUUUAAACAGUAAUAGGAAAAUACUACAUCAAUACAAUUACAGCAUAAAAUACAAAAGUGCACUAUAUUUUAUUAUAUAUCCGAUGGACACAUUUGAAUCUGAAAAAAAAAAAAAACGUAAUGGCUUACUGUUUAACCAAUAGAUAAGCUUGGUUACAGCAGUGUACAAGAGCUUUUUCCUUCUGUGCCUCCUCUACAUAAUAAAUAAAUAAAUAAAUAAAUAUAUAUAUAUAUAUAUAUAUAUAUAUAUAUAUCUCCCAAAAGAGCCCAAUGUGACAUUUGACACUGACCCUUUAAAAGCUAUCGAAAGUUACUUUCAGUACUGUCUCAAUCAUUUUAACUCAUGCAGUCUUAAGUGACAUAUACUAAACAUUUUAAGAGCAUUACAGCAAAAGUGUGUGAUUGUGUGUUUGUUCAUCUGACCUUAUUUACAGAAUGUAGGAGUGCUGUGUUAGUGCUGGAGAAAAAAACUAGCUCCUUUUAAAAGUGUAUUUUUUUUUUUUGUUGCUGCUAAAGCUCUGUUCCAACCAUAUAACCAUUAAAUGCUUUAAUUAAAUGUUUUACAUUACACAGGAAUAGGUCUGACCGAUUUAUAUAAUAAAAAUUUAAAAUAUAAGUUACAAAUGUUUUGUUAUUUGUGAUUUAACCUUACAAUAUUUAGUCAUGUGCCCACAAUACAAAAUAUAUAUUAUUAAGCUGCUAACUGAAUUUAUUUGAUUUAAUUUUAACUUGGUAAUAAUAUUCAAAAAUGGGUAUGGGCUCUUAUGGGAUAUUGUUGAAAGUUGUAUCUCCAAAAUAGUUACUUUUACUUUACAUUAAAAGUAAAAAAAAAAAAAAGUUAAGAACAUCUGUGUCAACAUAUGUCAAAAAGUGAAGAAUGACAAAAUGGACAUACAAGGUUUUUACGUAAGAGAGACAGGUUGUAUUUCCAAAGAUAAUUGUGAAGAUAAAUAUGAAUGCUGCAUUUCUGCAUAUGUGUGUGAAAAUGUUGUCCUUCAUGUCCUUUUUAUUUAUGAAAUGUUUUUCAUGAUUCCCCCCAUCAUAAGUUUUAUUAAAGACUGUUAUUUUUCUCACUUUAUAUGGGAAAUUAUUUAUGAGCAUAUUUAUAAGCAUAUGACUGUAAAAUGAUCCUCCUUUUUGUCUAUAGGGACAAAUUGUGCCCUCUACUGGAACAUGCUGUAUGUGUACUAUAUUUAACUGCCAGAAGCCGGAAGUCUUAGUUUUAAUGCAUUGUGUGCAUGUUUUGUUGUGGUGCAUGAUUUCUACUCUUUGCUAGUUUGAAGACGUUUUAACAUUUUUCAAGGCCAAACUCGUCAUUGAAGUAUUAGUACAUCUGAGUUGUUGUAAAUUAAUUUCAGAAAUAAACAUAUUUGGUGUAA